CUUGAUGGUAUACUUCUACACACAUAAUUUUUCUAAACUCAUAGUCUCUACUUAUAUUAGGCUUGAACACGGCUAGCUAUCGCACUUCACUUCAGCACUUAUAGUAUAGGUCCAGUAACGCGAAGUGCGGUAAAGGACUUGGCGUUGGACACAGUGCGCCUAUACAAUUACCAGGCAGCAAGUAAAGGACGUGAACACAUUCGCAUCAGCAUAAGUGAAGGACUUGCUGCGUACUGUACGGGAAGGUACCUAAAGGGCUGAACACGCUCAGUGAAGGACCGAGUACAGGACCCAAUAAAGGACUUAGAAAGUUUCUUCUGCGGAAAUAAAAUCGUUUCAUGGAUGGGGAAAUGGAUCUGUCGACUAGGCCUAGAGGGGGGGAACAGCAGGACCAUGCGUGCAAGAUGAGAGUGGCGAAAUCGGUAUUCUCCAUCAGGAGUUUGGUGGACGUCGAGGAGAAGAUUGGGGGAGAGGAGGAGAGUAACGGAGAAUUACUUGGUGAUUUCUCGUAUCUACAAGGAGACAGAGAAUCAGCCUCCUCCGAUACCACCGGCGACCUGAUGGGCGUGUCCGAAGAACUGACCCCGAGCGCCGGCGCCGAGCCACGGCAGCCGCCUCCGGGAGCGUCGGCUCCCCCUGGCGGCGGGGGCGGCUCCCACCCCCACCCCCACGAGCACAGCGACGGCGGCAGCGAUCCGGAGCCGGACGAGUUCGCUCCCAAAAGGAAGCAAAGGCGGUACCGGACGACCUUCACCAGCUAUCAGCUGGAGGAGCUGGAAAAGGCGUUUUCGAGGACGCACUAUCCCGACGUGUUUACCAGGGAAGAGCUGGCGAUGAAAAUAGGACUGACAGAGGCCAGAAUACAGGUCUGGUUCCAAAACCGCCGAGCCAAAUGGCGCAAACAAGAAAAAGUCGGCCCCGCCGGCCACCCCUACAACCCCUACCUCAACCCCGGCGGAGCCACCGGCCCCGCGCCCCCCGUGGUAACCCCCACCCUGCCCAACCCCUUCAACCUGCCCUUCGGCCUCCGCAAGCCCUUCGACACGCUCUCCUUCCGCUACCCCCCGCACGUCCUUCCCGGCUACCUCCCCUCCCCUGCCUCCUACCACCGGGGAGCGCCACCCCUGCUGCCCCACUCCAUGGGGAUGUACCCUUCGGCCAGCUCCUUCCAGACGCUGCUGGCCAACAUCUCGGCUGCCCAACGGCCCAAGCAGGAGUUCACCGCGUCUCCGCCCCUGUCGCCAGGGGGGUCACCUGGAUCGGCGGGGGUGAGUCCCCCAGAAGUGGACAGGCGGAGCUCGAGCAUAGCCUCGCUGAGGUUGAAGGCCAGGGAGCACGAGCUCAGGCUGGAGAUGCUCAGGCAGAACGGAGAUCUGAUCAGCUGAGAAGGAGGCAUCGGUAUCAUCGUUGGGGAGGGCUGGACCUGGACAACAAGAUAGAAUGUUUUGAUCCCUCCAUGUUUUCCUUUAUCCUCUGGGUGUCUCCAGGAUCUGGGGAAGGAAGCUUGAAGAAAAGAAGGCUGGACCUGGACUACAAGAUAGAAUGUAUUGACCCCUCUACGUGUUUCUUCCAACUGUCUGUAAAUUGGUAUUAACAUCCUUCGAGAUGGCUGGAAUCUAGGAGUGCGAAAUCAAUAGGUGAGGUCCCCUUAUCCUCUGGGUACCUCCAGGAUCUGGGGAUGGAAGCUGGAAGAUAAGAAGGCUGGACCUGGACUACAAGAUAGAAUGUAUUCCAUUUUAUGCUGAUAAAUUGGUAUAAACAUCGUUUGAGACGUUUGAAUAAGGAGUAUGGAAUUGAUAGCUGAGGAUCAGGAAGAAUGGUAACCUCAUCAGCUGAGGUAUAUAUCGUUGGGACGGGGUUGAAAAUGUGAAAAAAAGGUGAAUAGGCUGGACCUAGGCAACGAGAACAAAGGUUAUGAUACCUCCAUGGCUUGACCUUCUCCUUUAUCCAGUAUUUCGUGUCACUGCCAGUCAGUUUGUUUUGGAAACGUGUAAUAAUAUCGUUUGGGGGAGCCGGGAUCUUCUCCUUUUUCCAGUCAUUUCGUCUUAUAUCCAUUUUUUAUCUAUGUACCAUUUUGUGCCUACAAAGAUUAACUACUAUGCGAACAGAAAUUGAAGGCAUCAUUUUUUGACAUAUUUUUAUGAAUUCAACAUACGAGAAAGAAUAGUAAAAUGUCAUGCUUUCAUAUCUCCAUCUUCUCAAAUUCCCCUUCUGUAAUUAUUGUAAAUUUGAACGUACUACGAUGAAAUCCAUGGCUGGUCAUGAUUUCAAACUUCAUUUUUUCAUGUAUGCUGUUAGUAGCGACGGCAAUAAUAUGUUAUUUUUUUAUAUGGACUGUUGUUUCAGUUGUUAUACCUACCAAUUGUAGAUAUUUUAUGUAGACAUCAUCUUCCUUUCGUAUUUUGUGUCCAGUUUAAUAUUACGGUCACGUACUUAUCGAACGUACUUGUAGAUAUUGAAGAUUUUAUUUAUAAAUAGUUAUGAAAUUAGCAGUUAUGUUAUACUUAUUUUUAGGAAUGAAUGUAUUUUCUAUCAUUCAAAUCAGUGUCACUCGAAUUGUUGCAAUAAUUUUAUAGUUUUAAAUACCUACUGAAAUUGUAACGAAUCCGUCCAAAUGUCUUUGAAACUUGUGUAAAUAAAAAUAUCUCUAUUUUA